CCUUCUGGCUACACACCAGCAUUCAUCAACCUCCAGGGCUCUACCCAGGCUAACGGAUACUUGACCUACAAGACCCUUUCGAAGUAUGAUCCUCAGCAAUGUACCGCUGCUUGUGACAAGAUCAGCUCUUGCCAGUUUGCCAACAUCUACUACGAAAAGGAUCCCGACAGCAACAACAACCCCGUCGAUGUUAUCAAGUGCUCUCUGUACAGUAUGCCUCAGACUAACUGCACUGCAACCAAUAAGGGACAGUGGCGCGGUUCUUUCCACGUUCUGGUCACUGGUAGCAACGGUUACAACAAGGCCGCCGCACCCAAGACUCCUGCUGGCUACUCUCUCUCAACUCUUCCUGCUGCCGUCAACGCCCCUGUCUACGAUAGCGUGGGUCAGUGGAGAUUCAUCCAGCCCGUCUACCUCAACUCUUACGACCCUGCUCUCUGCGCUGCCGCUUGUGACAAGCAGACUACAUGGGACAAGUCACAGGCAACCGACGACUGUAACUACAAGACUUGCGUUUUUGCGAACAUGUACAUUUUGUCUCAGAACGGCAUCCCCAAGACCGUUGUCUGUGCACUCUACACUGAGGCCACUGACUCGAGCUACGCCAACAACUACGGCUACUCGACCGAUACCGAUACUUACCAGGUUUCAAACUCCAUCGCUUUGACCAACACCACC